AUGUCAUCACCCGAAUCGUCGCACUUGCGAUUUUUCCUGACCAAAAGAUUUAUCUACAUCGGCCUCGCCAUCCAGGCCGACACCCCCAGCAUCCUCGGCUACCUCUUCAACCUCCCGGACACGAAGACCAAGUUGCUAAACACCACCGCGUCGGCCUCGUACGCCUGGUACAAGUGCAUCUCCACCUUAUCCAAAGGCCUCUCCGAGCCCGACGCGCUACAGACCAUCAAAGACGAAGCGCUACACAUCGCAGCAAAGUCCGCCUUUCCGCGCACGACUCGCCUCCUCCUCUCCAAAGGCGCCGACCCUAACAGUCCCUGCUGUCCACUACCACUACCCUUUGCCGGACAUGGACCGCAUACAGGCAGGGGAAGUUGGCUAUGUUAUCAAGUCACACAUGGUCUGGAUUUACGUUGA